AUGUCUUUUCUCGGUUUAUCGUCGCGCUCUCCUGUCUCGCUGAAUGCUGGAGCUGCAGCCGGCGUCUUCCAGCUCACGCUUGGACUCAUCGGCGUCUUUCGGCCUCAGGUCAUGCUUCAAGAGAUUUGGGGCUUCAAGCCUCCCACGAAGCCCGGCCAGGAGCAGGUGCUCAUCGAAUGCUUGCAGCAACUCUACGGCAUUAGAAAUGUCGCGCUCGGGCUUAUGAUCCUAGCUGUCAGGACUUUCGCAGACAGUAGGACGUUGGGCUGGGUCCUCAUGACCGAUAUACUUGUCGCGAUUGGCGACGGCAUUAUACAGAAGAAAGGCACCGGCGGAGGCGAGUGGAAGCAUUGGUCCUUCGUCCCUGUAGGAUUCGGCAUGGGUAUGCUCCUGCUCGGGUACUUUGAUUGA